GACUAUCCACCAAUAUUACAAUAUUGUUAUAUUGUUGUUUGUAGGUGAGAUUAUGACUAUCUAUCAAUAUUACAGUAUUGUUGUAUUGUUGUUUGUAGGUGAGAUUAUGACUAUCCACCAAUAUUACAGUAUUGUUAUAUUGUUGUUUGUAGGUGAGAUUAUGACUAUCCACCAAUUUUGUAGUAUUGUUAUAUUGUUGUUUGUAGGUGAGAUUAUGACUAUCCACCAAUUUUGUAGUAUUGAAUUGGCCACGUUCAAUGCCUCUGCCUGGUGUUCCGUCUUUACUGAAGAAGAUCUGGAAGUGAUCGACUACGAACAUGAUCUAUAUAACUACUGGAGGAAAUCCUAUGGGCACGUGAUCAACAGCGAAAUUACUUGUCCAAUGUUUGUCGAUGUGUUUCGAAACAUGGACAAAGCCAUCCAGGCGGAUAGAGAAGGACAUAGUUACACUGUGGGCACGUUUAGAUUUGGACACGCCGAGACCCUACUUCCCAUCUACAGCGCUCUCUCGCUAUUCCGCGACAACGUUCCUCUCUUGGCAAGUAACUACAACCUCCACCGUAAACGGAAGUACAGGAGCAGUAACAUCUCGCCAUUUGCUGGCAACAUAUAUCCGGUCCUGUACAAGUGCGGCGAUGAUCUCGGCGACCUAUACGUGAAAAUGUUCGUGAACGAGGUAGAUCAUCCGUUAUCUGCAUGUGGCAAUAAUCUUUGUCCCUACUAUCUGCUAAAGAGCGUCUACAGUGACGCAAUAAACAACUGUAGGUUUAACUCGCUCUGUCACAAUGUCCACUCGACCAUACCGUCACCUGUGGUGGGAUAAGGGAAUCGUCCGCCAUGGUGAACACUUAUAUAGGAAUUAUAUCGUUUCAGUGAGUAAAAAACAUUGACAAUUUUGUUGAGUCCAUGUAUUUGUUUUAUUUCUGUACAGACAUUUACCGUCACCGUUAUUAUUACUGCAUAAGAAACAUUUAUAAAACAUGAAUCGUUGAGUAUAUUAUUUGAAAGUCGAAAUUAGAUAUGUUUAAUUACGUUUGAAUUUUGUUUAUUUUGAUUUGCUCUCCGCAUCGACAUACUAUUUUUUUCAAAUAUAUACUUUCUGCUUCGUACUCCUAAAGCUUAUUUAUAAAACAAUAAAACAGUAACAGAAUAGGCAAUAUAACAUAUUUAAAAUAGUAGCAAAAUAAACCAUACACAGCUUAUUUAUGAUAGUAACACAACAGAUAAUACAACCUAUGUGUAAUAGCAACACAAUAAGCUUUUUUUUUUCAAUUUCAAACUAUUUUAUUCACAAUACAUAUAUAAUGCAUUUAAAUAUUUAUGCAUGCGAUACAGCAUUGUUAAAAGAAUCGGACAACAGGCUAAGCCUAUAUCAGGUUUCUUCUACAUAUAUUUCCAGUUAGACAUUAAUAAGCAUUACAACAUAUAAUUCAGUAACUAAGUUACAAAACUGUCAAAAGUAGACUUUACAACAGCAUAUGUUAAAUAGUAACACAACAGACAAUACAAAUAUAGCAACUCGUUCAUAAUAGUAACACAACAGACAAUACAAAUAUAACAACUCGUUCAUAAUAGUAACACAACAUACAAUACAAAUAUAGCAACUCGUUCAUAAUAGUAACACAACAGACAAUACAAAUAUAGCAACUCGUACAUAAUAGUAACACUACAGACAUUACAAAUAUAGCAACUCGUUCAUAAUAGAAACACAACAGACAAUACAAAUAUAGCAACUCGUACAUAAUAGUAACAAAACAGAUAAUAAAAAUAUCGCAACUCGUUCAUAAUAGUAACACAACAGACAAUACAAAUAUAACAACUCGUUCAUAAUAGUAACACAACAGACAAUACAAAUACAGCAACUCGUUCAUAAUAGUAACACAACAGACAAUACAAAUAUAGCAACUCGUACAUAAUAGUAACACAACAGACAAUACAAAUAUAGCCACUCGUUCAUAAUAGUAACACAACAGACAAUACAAAUAUA